GCCGUAAUGCGCGUAGCGCGCACAGACGGUCGGUAAUAGACAUCAUCUUCUCAGCGACCUCUAUGCCUUGACAGCGUCUUCCGCCUUUUCCUCUCCCACCACCCGCCCCCCACGCUGCAGCGUCCGUGGGCACGCUCCAGACCUCCGACUGCACCCUUUGCUCGUGUACGAACCUUCCCCAUUUGCGACAUGUCGGCGGUGCGCGAUAAGGAACCCGUCGAGCGCGUUCGCGAACAAAUUGACCAGGAGAUUGCGCAGCUGCGACAAAGCGUGCAAGUCCUCAUCGCUCGCCGGAACGAGCUCGCACCCGUCCUCCGCUUACCCGUCGAACUCCUGUCCGAAGUCUUCGUCCUCAAUGCUACCACGCAUUCCCCGGACGACCUACGCUGGACCAAUGUGGCAUAUGUCUGCCAGUACUGGCGGAGUGUCGCCGUACAGACUCCCCGGCUAUGGACGUGCAUCAACUUCAAGGCCGAGCCCUGGGUCGCACUGCAGCUCGAGCGGUCGAAGAACAUGCCGCUAGUGGCGCAUGUCGACCUCCGCGCCCGGCAGUUUGUCUCAAAGUGUGAGGGAUUCGGACUACUUGCCAGGAGCAUGGACCGCGUGCGUCGUCUGACCAUCUCCUCGGGCGAGAUGCGUGGGACGGUGCACAAGCUCUGGCGACACAUGACAUACCCCGCGCCCAUCCUCGAGUCGUUCGUCUUCCACAAUCCAUCCCAGACUCGGGCUGGUCCCACAUCCCAUGUGCCGACUCAGCUAUUCCGAGGCGAGUGUCCAUCGCUCCAAUACGUGGAGCUUCGUCAGUGCACUUGGUGCUGGGCUACGACCCUCUUCUCCCACACCGUCACUCACCUCACCCUCGACGGGCACAAUGUUCAAAUGCGUACGUCGCUGGAAGAAAUUCUUAGCGCGCUCGAACUCAUGCCCAAUCUCGAAUGGCUCGACCUCGACCAUAUCACGCCCGAGGUACCGUGGUUCUUCAUCCCCAAUGUGGGAGUCGGCCAGUUUGUUCAUCUCGCACGUCUCAAGUUUCUGCGCAUCGACGCGCUGGCGCUGAAUACGGCGAUCAUGCUGUACCACAUCUCGUUCCCCAUGGAAACUCAACUCGCUUUGUGCUGUGAUGCAUUCCGGCGUCUUGACGAGUUCAUUGCUGUCGGACACGCGAUCUCCUCGAAGUACCGCCGGGAGGAGGGCAUGGAGGACCGCAGGCUGAAAAGUUUCACGUUCAAGCCACAUUCAAGCCAAGCGUUGGAGCUGAUUGCGUGGAACCAACCCUACUCCGCGGACGAACUGCACAACGAUGCGCGGUCAAGUGAUGCAGCGGUUCGCCUGCUCCUGCGGUGGGAAGGCCGCGAGCCUGACUUCAGCGUAGCAAGCCUACUAUACGCUUGCCGCGCGCUCCCUCUUGAAACCGUCCGCACAUUCUACGUCCCCGAGUACGUCUCGUUGACAGGCCAGGCGUGGAUCGAGCUGUUCAGCGGGAUGAAGAACGUGAGCUCGGUUUGGGUGCAGGGCCGUUCUGCGACACACCUGCCGGAUGCCUUGCGGAGGGAGAACUGCUCCCAGUGCCGCAUCGAUAUCACUGGCGAGAUGUCCGUCGGCGACCCUAUGCGACAGCACACCCGCGUGCCGUCGCUCUUCCCUCUCCUACACACGCUGACACUCGAGGAAGUCGACUUCACCGGCGACACCUGCCCGGACGCGUGUUUCUUCUGGCAGCUGCAGGACGUGGUGCUCGAGCGCACAAAGCAAGCGAACAGGCUCAAGUUGAUCAUCCAUCGCUGCCGCAACUUCAUCCUCGAGCAGAUGCAGGACCUGCGCAUGGUCGGCGCGGACGUGACCUGGACCGGAGAGGAAAUCCUCGACUUCGACCUGCGAGACGUCGAUAGCGAUGACUCGGAGGAGGACUACGAGGAUUAUUAUGACAGGGCUUAUUCUGACGACGAUGACUCUGACUCUGACGAUUAAAACGCCAGAUUGCCCUGUGCCUAUGCGUACUUCUGUGUGGGUGUGCUUUAUUGAUGACUUCGUCGCCACUUUAUGGGAUCAUUCUACGUACUACUUCAUUAAUCUGUACUAAUAGUGUGCUUCCUUCGUCGUGUAUCGGUACAACCUGGAUCGCUGUCGUCGCAUUCUUUCUGCUCUCGAUACAUGUAUGGUGACAUAUGCGUGUUUCUGCUCUCGAUAACUGCGGGGCAUGUGGUGACUUUUCAGUAUGUGUGGCAUACCAUGCCUCAACCGCGCGCCAUUUGCGAGCUCGAGCGUAUCGGCGCCUACUAG